UAUCGGGUUCUGUGGAUCCCUCAGUCGUUGCCGGCAUACCGUCAUCGUUGUUUGUGUUCAAAAAAAAAAAAAAAAAAAAAACCAUGUCGCCUUCUCAUUCAGUUUGUGCAACAAGCAUUGUAACGUGGUGUUGCAUUUUCAUUAGUCUUUCAUUAGUCAAUCAUGUUAAUGCACUUCAAGAACUUAAAGUGGAAACAAUUUACAAGCCCGAGGUAUGUGAUGAAAAAUCACAAAAUGGAAAACAGCUGACCAUGCACUACACUGGAACGCUUGAAGAUGGUAAAAAGUUCGAUUCAAGUUUGGAUAGAGGUCAACCAUUCACAUUCCAAUUAGGUGCUGGUCAAGUUAUCAAAGGUUGGGAUCAAGGACUUGUUGACAUGUGUGUCAGUGAAAAGCGCAAGUUAACUAUACCACCGGAAUUAGGCUACGGUGAUAAUGGUGCUGGCAACGUUAUUCCUGGAGGUGCAACUUUGUAUUUUGAGGUGGAACUAAUUAAUAUUAGCGACACAACUCCAGUAGCAAAUGUUUUUAAGGAAAUUGAUGCAGAUGGUGACAAUCAACUUUCCCGCGAGGAGGUGAGCGCAAUGGUGAGCAAAUAUCUUGAGAAGCAAAUGGAUGGUGCUAAAGGAACGAAUCAAGAACAGGAAGAAGAAAUGAAAAAUAUGUUAGCAAACAACGAUAAACUCGUCGAGGAAAUUUUCCAACAUGAAGACAAGGACAAAAAUGGCUUUAUUUCGCACGAAGAAUUCAGCGGGCCAAAGCACGAUGAACUUUAAAAAGACUUUUUUUUUCUAUUACCACUGAAACCUUUUGGAUUUUUUUUUUAUUAUUCAGACACUAAAAAAAAAAUGUCUGAUACAUCUUUUCCUAUGGAACAGUGAAGAAGCUUUCCCUCGUGCAAUAAAAGGGACAUCAAGCACUUAUUCAUCUAUAUUUUUUUUUUGGAAAUUAUCUGCGUCAACAUUAUCGUUUUUUGUUUUAGAUUUUUUUUUUUUUUUAAAGAGUAAAACGCAUAUUUUGAUGCAGACAAUGGACUCACUAGAUAAAUUUUCCUAGAGGCAGAACAUCGAGCUAUAAAUUCAAUAUUAGUCAAAAGUGAUUUUCAUUUUUUUUUUUCGAAAUAAAUUUUAUACGACUUGACGAAAUAUGAUAAACUUGUAUCAAUAUAAUUGUGAAAGAGGAAAAAUACAACCAUUCCUACUCGUAUGCAAUAAUUGAUUAAUAUUAUAAAUUUACCAUUUUUCAUUUUUUUAUAUAGAAAAAAAAAAAUACAUCAAACUUUAUUGUAAAUAACGUUUUGUUUUUUUUUUUUUUUUUUUAAAACGAUGUAUGAAAGUUCAGAUAUUUCAGAGGAAUAACUUAAUAUUAAGAUUUGUCUAUUAGUUAAAAAUUAAAAUUUAUUAGAUAGUUUCCUUUUUAAAUCUGUUUUUCUUAUAUUUCUUUGCAGUUAAAAAACAAAUUUUUUUCGAAAUCUAUAUGUAAUUUUAUAUGUAAAAAAAAAACGAAUUUUUAUAAACAAAUUGCUGGUAAUAAGAAUUGCAUUGUAUAAAAACAUUCCAAUAGUCAAAUUUAAUCGCCGCACAAUCCCCAAUAUUCUAAAAAAAAAAUUUCGAGAAUUCAUUCUCUAAAGGGAGAAAAAAAAAAUAGUGUUUUUUACAUGAGUGGAAGAUGAAAUUUAUAAUAAACAAAAAAAAAGUGCUCUGUCAAUUAUUAUAUACAGCUUCAAUAUUUCAUAGUCUCAAUUUAACAUUUUUUAAAAAUCAAAAUUCUGUAUUUUCAUUUGACCGUACUUAAAAUAAAAUUAAAAAAAAAAAAGUUUAUUAUAUCGACGUCUUUUUCUAAUAUAGUUGCUAUCAUGAAAUUAUUAUGUAAUUGAUAAGUUUUUAUUACAUUAUAUUGUAUGUUGUUAAAGUUGGAUAAAAAGUUAAAAAAAAAUAAAAAUAAAUAAAUUUGUGCAUUUCAAGCACAUUUUGUUAAUAAAAGUA